AGAUACAGCAACGACAGCCUGAGUGAAUGGUGCCUAAUCGAGAGCAAUCCGUGCAUCUUUAAUGACAUGCUAAGUCGGAUGGGGGCGAAGAACCUCUCCGUGGAGGACGUGUAUGAUAUGGAUUUUUUCGAUGACUACAUAUGUAACAGGGAUGUGGUCAGUGUAGAGAAUGUCCUCAGCAUCGAUGAGUAUCGGAGUGAGAAGGAGAAGGAGGAGAAUGCCGCUGUUCAGAGUACCCCGGGGGAGACAACCCCGCACAGGGAAGGCCCACAGAAGAAGUUGUACAACAGCGCCGUGACGACAGAAGCCAAAUACAACAAGCUAAUAAAAAACGAAAACAACAUUUAUGGAAUUAUUUUCCUGUUUAACAUCGGGAAAAGCUACAACAGGAAUAAGUUCGUGGAGCACAGUGUGCCGGAAAAUCUUUUUUUUGCAAAGCAGGUGAUCCCAAACGCAUGUGCUACGCAAGCUAUCCUAUCCAUUGUCCUUAAUAAAGAGGUAGAACUGAACGAAGAAAUAAAAAACAUCAAAUCGUUUAGUAACAACUUUGAUAGCUCCAUGAAGGGGCUCACUCUUUCUAACUGUAAUUUUCUUCGAAAUAUCCACAACUCGUAUAAGCCUCCCAUAUAUAUAGAAAAGGAGAACCUACAUGAUGAGAAGGGAAAGAGCAACGACUCGUUCCACUUCGUUUCGUAUAUACAAUAUGGUGGAAGUGUGUACAUGCUGGAUGGGCUACAGGAGGGGCCCGUGUUGAUUGGAGAGACCAAUGGCGCAGCGGGGGAGCGCAGUUGGAUCGACCUCGCCAGGGAACACAUAAGGAAGGAAAUCAACGACAUAUGCAGCGGAAGCGGUAAGGGAGGAGGAGAAGCAGGAGAAGCAGGAGUCGGGGGAGAAGCGGGAGACGGAGUAGACGGGGGAGACGGCCGAUUCAGCAUCCUAGCCGUCGUGAAAGACAAAGAACACAUUAUCACCGAAUUCUGUAACAUACAUAGAAUUGUAAAAAAGAGAGUUAACGCCAAGUUAAGUAGCCUGGGAAAGCAGGACGUAGAUCUAAACGAUGAAAUAAAUGAAGAAAAUUUUAGCUACCAUAAUAUUCCUACCAUAGAGGAGCUCCCCCAAGACAUCCAAGAACUCCUUCAAAUUGCUCAAAAAUCAACAGUAGAAAUUAAUUUCCUUCAGUCCCUUCUGCAGGAACAGAUGCAGCUGAAGCUCAGCUGGAACAAAGAACUCACUUUUAAAUUUUUUAAUUUCUAUCCGUUUGUUAUGUCGUCCUUAAAGCUGAUGGCAAAGCAUAAGCUUUUAAAGGAGGCUUACCAGAAGCAGAAGCAGAAGUGCAGGCGGGCCGCUGUGUAG